ACCUUCAAUUUCACAGUCUAUUUUAAACACCUCUGUUUUAUUCAUUCCACAGCCGCUAAUUGUCCCCCGAAAUUUUCUGAGUCCGGCGGCCUCUGCUUAAGCGUCAUUGACAAGCCCAGGGUGAACAUGACGUGGGAGGAGUGCAGGGGUCUGUGUGAGAAGGAGGCGGAGGGAGAGUGGAAGGCCGACCUGGCUGUCUUUGGCAAUGCUGAAGAAUUAGAAGCUUUCUCCAUCACGUGGCUCGAGAUCUCCAAUACCCUGCCCGACCAUCCCUACAUGUGGAUAGGCGUGCACAAGAUGGACGGCCAAUGGGUCACCCUAGACGGCACUCACAUCACUCUCCAGAACCUGAUGUGGCACGUGGGUCACCCUCAUGACAUGGGAACUAACGCUUUCCUGGAGGACAUCACCAGGACCACAGGCGAGAACUCCUACGGACGUCUGUACAUGAGCUGCUCGAUGGGCGUGCACGAGCACCACAGCCGCUGCCUCUGUGAAGCUAAAUAA